GAUUUCUUGGGACUACAUUUGCAUCCCGAAACGCUCGGAUGUGCGUGUAUACGUUGUUUGUUCCACAAAAUUGUGAUAGGUUGCGACAAGCAGUUGACGCGCGAGGCUAAUUAAAAUGUCGAUUAAAGUAAAUGCAAAUAGUUCACAAUCCGUCGAUUUGAGUUCCUACCGAGAUCAACAUUUCAAGGGUUCAAGGGCUGAGCAAGACCGACUUCUAAGGAACUCGUCGACUAUGUACGUGGGCAAUCUGUCGUUUUACACGACUGAGGAGCAGAUAUACGAAUUGUUUUCAAAGUGCGGCGAUAUCAGACGCAUCAUUAUGGGCUUGGACAAGUACAAGAAGACACCAUGUGGCUUCUGCUUUGUUGAGUAUUAUCUGAGACUCGAUGCCGAAUAUUGCAUGAGAUACGUCAACGGCACUCGUUUAGAUGACAGGAUAAUUCGGACUGAUUGGGACGCUGGCUUUAUUGAAGGUAGACAGUACGGUCGUGGCAAGACUGGAGGACAAGUAAGGGAUGAGUAUCGAUCUGACUUUGACAGUGGACGAGGUGGCUAUGGUAAGAUAAUACAACAAAAAGUAACAUCCCUUUCUGACGGCGGAUUCGGACGGUAAAAUCAUGAAGUAUAAAAGAUAUGUAUGAAUGGGAUCAUAUAUUUAUAUGUUGUGUUUCAUUAAUGUACAUGUGAUAAGAUAAUUAGUUUUAUCUAUAUGUAUAGUUCUAUCCUAGUGAUAAGUUAGACAAGGAAAGAAAGAGAGACUGUAAAUGAUUUAUAAAAAUACAAACGCUUCAUACU